AUGGUUAAUAUGAACAAUAUUGAUGUUUCUUCCGAAGAUUUACAAAAGUUGGAGAUUUUGAAUGGAAGAACGACUUUUGUUGGAGGACAAGAACAAGUUGAAGAAGCUCUACAAAUUCUUUCUUCGGAUUUGUACUACUUAGUCAAAGGUUGUAAUGUGAUCAAGUUGGAAGAUGUUCAACCGGACGAUUGCGUAUCGAUUUGUUAUCGUUUGCUCGGAGGAAAAGGUGGUUUUGGAUCGUUGUUGAAAAGUUUUCGUAUUCAUCGGAGUUCGAACCAGUUGAUGAUGAGGAAUUUGGAAGGACGAAGAGUUCACGAUGUUAAGGAAGAACAGAGAUUGAAAAAGUGGGUGGAACGGAAAGCUGAGAGGGAAAAGGAGAAGAAGAGAAAGAGGUAAGUGUUGCUUUUGUAUUGGUUUUGGAUUUUUAGGUAGAUCGGAAGCUGUUGAAGACUUUAACAUAAUAAUAUAGUCAAGCUUGUGGUCAAAACAGAUUAUAAUAUUUAUUUUUAGAGAAGAAAAGUAUCAACGUCUGAAAAAUGGUGGACCGAAGCAUAAGUUUGAAGAUCAAGAUUAUUUGAGGCAAAGAGAAGUUCUAAUUGAUAAUACUGAAGAUUCUAUCGAAGCUGGUAAGUUUUUGUUUUGAAAAUUAAGUUUUAGAUUUGAAGAUUAACUACAACCUUGUAGUAGACUUAAAACAAUAAGUUUCUUAACCUUUUAUCUACGGAUUCAUAACGAAAAUGUUUUUUUAGGUAUAAAAGCGGUUGAAGAAGCUGAACCAGUCGAAAAACAUCAUGAAGAGCCAGAAGAUUCGGAUUCCUCGGACGAUGAAGCAUUUAUGAAUGGAUUUAUAUCAGUAGCGUCUAAGAAGCGAAAGUUAUCUCCACCAGAUGUUAAUGGUAACAAAAAGAGUAAAAUUGAGAAAGAAAAUGAACCUGAAGAUCAACCAGGGCCGUCGGGAUUUAAAGUUCCGAAUUUUUUAAAAAAAGCUGCUGGAACUUCUAAAUCAGAUGCAAAGAAAGGAAAAGAAGUUAAGGAUGAUAGUAAGAAGCAACAAGAUACUCAAAAGGAGGAUAAGAAAGAGGUUGAAAAGCCUAAAGAACCAGAAAGUUUUGAUUCAAUCAACUUGGAGAAUUUUGAAACCGCUGAAAAGUUGGAAAAACUUGGCAUGGGACAUUUGAAACAUGCUUUGGAAGGUAAGUUUAAUUACAAAGGAGCUUAUAUAUUGUUUUAAUUUAGUUUAUAUUAGCGCUCGGUUGUCUUCUGUUUUUUUUAUUUUUAACUUUGAUAUGAUUUCCUUUAUUUUCUGAUUGAAAAAGGGAAAAACGGUAUUCUUUGUUUUGUAAAUAUAAUUUUUUUUGAAAAAAUGUGUUUUUUUGAUGUCAAACAUGUUAUGUUUGAUUUUUUGAAUAUUACAAUUAUUAGCUUCAAGGUUUUUAGUAUUAAAAUAAUCAAAAAUGUUUCAGAAAGAGGCUUGAAAUGUGGUGGAACAGCGUCAGAACGAGCUCAAAGAUUGUUUUCAGUCAAAGGAUUGGAUCCAAAAGACUACCCGAAGAAGAUAAGGGCACAGAAGAAGUGA